AUGGACUGUACCACAGACGAAUACAUACAAAGGCAGCGAGGUUGGCUUGGUAGGAUGCAUCCAGCACACAAAAGUGACACCGACACCGCACCUCCACAGCCGAUAUUGGACCCUGAGUCACCUCAAUGGCACAUCACGCAAGUCUUCAAAGACCUCUUGGAGACAAAGUAUGAUGCUCAAGAGGCAGCUCAACGUCUAGCAGACACCAUAGUAUCAUCCUCGGACGUUUUAAAGACCUAUUCAAUCAUGUUGGGCUGCUUUCUCAACGCAGUAGAAUCCUUCUCGAGCAUGGAAGUACAUACUCUCUUGUCAAACUUCUUAGCCCAUCUAGCCAGUCUACCGGACGCCGUAAACAACAGACCCGAGCCCUUAAUCAUCAACUCAACAUACAAAACAAUAAUCCAACCAGGGUGUCCCAUCAUCGUAGAUUGGGCUGGCAGAGACGAUCAUCUUUGGCGCGAUCUCCCCUACUUAUCCAUGAACAUCACAGAAAGUAUGCAAGGACCAGAAGCCUAUCUCAGUAGAGACGAAUCAGUCUCUGUCGCAACACAGAAGUGGAAGAACAUGAACACAUUCAUCGCUAUAUUAGUCCGCGAUCAUGGCAGCACUUUCCCCGAAUUGUUUGGAAGCAGGAUAUACUAUGCAUUUUCGUGUAUACCAUGGGCGCUGGAGUAUCCGCCAAGGUCGCGAUGGGGAAAGAAUAUGGCUCUACAUCUUCCGGCUGCUUGUCAGUGGAUUCUUUUAGCUGCAGACGAGGUUUGGAAGGCUUUAGACGAUGGAUGUGAGGGUAGACCUUGGACGAUGGGUGCAGGUCAGCUUUGGAGUAAUCAAGAUGGUGGUAAUGAGGUUGAUGGAAGGAGAUGGGCUUUUUGGAGGUACAGAUUCGAAGCACUCAGCGAAGACCCACGUUUGGAUGCCGAGACGGCUGAGAUGGCGUUGCAAGUCUCGAGGCUAAUGUGA